AGAAGCUAGUCCCUCUGCUGGUUUACUGGCUGUUGCUCUGCCCUGAGGCUGAAUCAUCAAUCAUGUCUUUCCUCUGCUGAUAUACUGGAUUAGGCCAGUUGAGCUAACCUGCCCUGGGGCCAAAUCUUCACUGUAGACAGCUGUAGAGGCCAAGGUGCCCAACCAGAUUGCCCCCACCACCCACCCACCCCUCUCCUCUCUUAGAGAGCUGUCAGAGUCAGAAUCUCAAGUGUGCAUCCGACCUCCUUGCAGUUGCAGCCCCAACCUGGGAUCCCAAAGUCAGCCCACAUCUAAUCACAGGUCUCAGUUGGGGGGGGUUCAGCCAGCCCAGUCUUGUUUCUACUCUCCCCUUUAAACUGUGGAAAUCAACUCUCUCUGUCUACCUUUCAAGUUGUGUUCAGCAAGAGAACCCUGUGACUCCUUCAUGUUGUUGGGUUUGGACUUAUGUCUUUUUGAAGUACUUUUUAAAGAUUAGUAUGGAAGGAUAGAGAGGUUUCAGCUUUUGCUGCUCCUAAGCCUCCAUCUUGACUCAGCAUGAGCAGGCUGCCCCCCUCCAACCUCCCCAUUGAAUUAUUGAAGGACUAACCGGCAACUGCUUGAAAAAAAAUGAAGGAAAGGAGUAUCAUUUGUUCAGUUUUUAGGUCCAGUUUCUUCCUUCAAGGGAUUAUUAUCAGUUCUCUACUCAGUAGUCAAGGAAAUCUUAGCCUUGAAACCUCCAAAGGAUAAAAAGGGAGCCCAGAGACUAAUUCAGUUGUUUAGUUUGGGGAGUAGCCAUAUUCCAUUCUUGAGUAUGAAAAUUAUGUAGAGUUGUCAUUUAGCAUUGUGGGGAUGAUAGAAAAAUGUAAUAGAAUGCUUAUGACCCAAGUCCAAAAUGUAUUGAUGGAAACACAGGCUACUGAUUGGAUGCAAUAAGGCAAUUAAAUAACAUAUUUAGAAAUAAUAACCAACAUUUAUAUAACUUCUAUAUCAGGCCCUGGGCAAAGUACAGGUAUCCCAUCCACGUUGUGGAGGUUAGGGGUGUGGCACCUCCAAGAUCUGAAAAAUCUGCAUAAAAAAUUCUGGCUCUCCAUACCAGAGAACAAGUCUGAUUUUUUUCCCUUUUUCUUUUAUGGGGCAUCUACAGUAAAAGAAAUUAUGUAUAUUUAUGGUAUCAAAAGAUUAAGUAUGUUUCUGUGUUGUCUGCUGGCCCUCAUGUAUAAUCUGUGUCUUCCACAAAAUUCCCUCCAAAUUAUCUCAUUUCUUAUGCUACUCAUGGCAUAUCAAAACUAAGAUAUAGGAUAAGUUGUGAUGUGGAAAGGUACCCCCUACAUUAUAAUUAUCUCAUGUGAUCUUGCAAUAACCUUGGAAAUUAAAUAGAAUUAUUAUCUCCAUUUUAUAAUUGAGGAAACUGAGGCAAACAGAGGUUAGGUGACUUGCCAUAAAGCUAGUAAAUGUCUGAGGCUGAAUUUGAUCUCAGAUCUUCCUUAUUCCAGGCCCACCACUCUAUGCACUGUUACUGCCACCAUUCCCCAUAGUUGUAAAUACACUUCAAUUUAUAGCAGGGCCUUUGCUUGACUUGGAAGCUAUAGGACAAAACAUUACUGAAGAAGUCAAUGUUGCGCAAUGUGUCUCAUCUCAUUUCCAACCUCUAAUCACAAAUUAUUUCCAUUAGAAACCCAUUACCUUCGUUGUAUAAGUUUUUGAUGAACCUGACCCAUUAUUCCACAUCCCCUUAAGACGGCUUCUAUGUAGAGAUCCCCAGAGUUGUUUUUCCUAUUUUUACAGAUACACAAGUGCUAUGAUUUUAACACUGAGGUUUUUCUGAUUCUACUGUAGAUGCGUAUCUCAUCACAGCCAUUCCUAUGUGUCUCCCUGUAGCUCCCACUUAUAGCUGAUUUAUUCUUCCAUGUCCAACUGGUAAACACCUUCUCCUGGGUAUGUAUUUGUGUUUGUGUAUGCCUGUUCCAAGUCUGGAAUACAGUUGAUAAUUAUCUUUGUAGGCCAUUUGAGUGUUCCUCUAAUUUUGCAAAUGUGAUAAACACUUAUUAAUGGUGGUAGGAAACUUAGAAAUUUUGAUUGUCAGUUUCCUUUCAUCAUUAACUUACAUAACUGAUCACCGAUCAGAAUUUAGAUAUAAUUUAUAAAUUCCUUUAUCUAGAACCAUAGAAACUCCUUGGAGGUCAAAGCCAUCAAUCAGUUUCUGAUUGGCCACCAUAUGUGAUUCUUGCAUCCACUAUGCUCAGAGAUCCUAUCAUCCUAUAUUCCUUCAGGGAGCUCCCAGCCUGGCCUCAGGUUAGAUCCUAGUGCAAAUUAAUUCAACAACAAGAAGAAAUCCUACAGUUUUCAAGUCUGCUCUUCUAGUCAUCUCCCAGAGGAAGAGGAGAAAGACUUUUGCAUCCAUCCCAGACUUCUCCCUUCCAGGAGAGAGAAGAGCCAUUCCAUCUAGUCUCCAGGUCCAUUUCCUAAUUUAGAGGAAGGAGAAUAACACAUUUCUUUUGUUCCCAGCAAUUGUCCUCUAGCCUGAAUUUCCUCAGGCCUUGAGCAACUCUACCUGGAAGCUGGAUUCUAAGGACAAUAAAAAUCAACCUGAAAACUUCCCUACUCAUCCCCUCCCCAUUCCUGUGAUUCUCAAACCUCCACCCCCCUCCUCUCAUUCUAACCUGGUCCUGUCUCCCACUGCCUUAUUCGUGUUGCCUUUAACCCAACCUCCCCUGAUCCCUACCAAGGUUUCCUACUCCAGUGCUACCUACCCCUUUCACUGUGCUCACUGGAAUGCUUUCCCCCAAUAAACAACAUACUUGCUUUCUUCAAAAUCUUUUCUUUUCUCACUCCUUCCAUCUACCAGCUUUCAUUGAGACCUGCCUCCCCUCUGGUGACAGUCUCCCUGGUCAGCCUUUCCAGCACUGACUACACUUUCACUGGUUGAGGUGAGGGAGUUGGAAUACUCUUCACUUCCCAUGGCCACUUCCAUUGUCUUCUUCCACCACCACUUCCUUCUUUGAGGCUCACUUUAUCUAUGUCUGCCAGAGUCAGAAUCUGACUGGAUGUUUUCUCCUGACAACAGGAUAUUCUUCUACUCGUUGAGUUCAGGGCCUGGCUCAGUCUUUCUCUUCUCAGUUCCUACUCUCCUACAAGGGGAUAUCAAGAGAUAUUGUUCCUUCAUAUUCCCUAAUAUUGCAGGUCCUCAGUUUAUUCAUUCCCCAUGACCUACCCGCCAUACCUCUGCCACAUACAAAGAUGGUUUUGCCAUUGAUCUUGAUAGCACUUGCAAAUGUGCAUGAACUCUGAAAUCCCUUCUUUUUUUUAAAAUUAAAACUUUUAUUUUUAAAUAUUUUUCCAUGGUUACCUUAUUAAUUUUCUUUCCCUCUCCUCUUCCCUCUCUCCCAGAGCUGACAAGCCAUUCUACUGGGCUAUACAAGUUUUGCCACUUGAUACCUAUUUCCAUAUUAUUCAUUUUUGUAAUAAUCUUUUAAAACCCAAACCCCAAGUCCUAUACCCAUAUAAACAAGUGAUAAAUCAUACCUUUUUAUUCUGCGUUUCUACUUCCACAGUUCUUUCCCUCGAUGUGAAUAGCAUUCUUUCUCAUAAGUCCCUUAGGAUUGUCCUGGAUCAUUGCAUUGCUAUUAGUAGCAAAGUCUAUUAAAUUUGAUCAUCCUGCAAUGUUUCAGUUACUGUGUACUAUGUUCUCCUGGUUCUGCUUAUUUCACUCUGCACCAAUUCAUGUAGGUCAUUCCAAUUCUUAUAGAAAUCCAUUGAGUCAUCAUUCCUUACAGUACAAUAAUAUUCUAUCACCAUCAUAGACCACAAUUUAUUCAGCUGUUCCCCAGUCGAGGGACAUCCCCUCAUUUUGAUUGGACUGAUGAUGAUAGGGAUCAGAGGUAUAAUUUCCCCAUAUUUGAAGGUAAGCAGUUUACUCUUGUUUAGUCCUUUAUCAUUAUUCAUUCAGUUUUUACCUUUUUAUGCUUCCCUUUUUUCUUUAAUAUAUUAGUUAUUACUAGUGUUUAAAAAUUUUUUUUUGAGUUCCAAAUUUUCUCACUCUCUACCAUUCCUCAACAUUGAGAAGAUGUGAUAUCAGUCAUACACAUGAAAUCAUGUAGAACAUAUUUCCAUAUUAGCCAUAUCCCAAAAAAGCAAGAACAUUGAACAAUUAUCCUUCAGUUUGUACUUAGAGCUCAUCAAUUCUUUCUCUGAAGGGGAAGAAGAUUUGUUCUUCAUGAAUCCUUUAUAAUUGUCUUGAAUUAUUGCAUUGAUCAGAAAAACUGAGUCUUGCAGUGGAUUAUGAUUACAAUAUUGCUGUUACUGUGUGCUGUUCCCCUGGUUGUAUUUACUUCACUUUGCAUCAGUUCAUAGAGAUCUUCCUGUAUUUUUCUGUUUCUCCUUUGUUAUUUCUUAUAAUACAAUAGUAAACAAUCAGAGUCAUAUGCCACAUUUUGUGCAGCUUAUUCCUCAAUAAUAGGCAACCCUUCACUUUCUAAUUCUUUGCCUCCACAAAAAGAAUUGCUAACUGUUUUGUUGUUGGUUUUCUUUUCAUGGCUUUUGGGUAGUCCAAUAAUUCUUAAAUUAUCUUCCUCAAUCUUUUUUUCUAGGUCAGUUGUUUUUCUGAUAAGAGAUUUCACAUUUUCUUUCCUUUUUUUAGGAAAUUUCACAUUCUCGUGACUUCAUUCUUUUGGCUUUGCUUUUUUGUUUGUUUGUUUCUUGAUGUCUCAUAGAGUCAUUAGUUUCCACUUGCCUAAUUCUAAUUUUUAAGGAAUUAUUUUCCUUAGCGAGCUUUUGUACCUUUUUUUCCAUUUGAGCAAUUUUAUUUUUAAAAGAGUUCUUUUUUUCAGUAAAUUCUUGUGUCUUCUCUUAACAUUAGGCCAAUUCUGCUUUUUUAAAGUGUUAUUUUCUUUGGUAUUUUUUGUGCCUCUUGUAACAAGUUAUUAAUUCUCUUUUCUUGUAUCAUUCUCACUCCCCCCCCCCCUUCUACCACUCUUUUAAAUUUUAUAAUAACACUUUCUGCCUUAGUAACAAUUCUAAUAUGGAAGAGUUGCGAGGGCUAGGCAGCUUGGGGAUAAGUGACUUCCCUAGGGUCACAUAGCCAGGAAGUGUCUGAGGUCAGAUUUGAGCCCAGGACCUCCAAAAGCUAGGCCUGCCUAUCUACUGUUCUACCUAGCUGUCCCCUCUACUACUCUUCUCUCUGUUGUUAACUUUUCUAGAAAUUCUUAUUGAGUUUGUGACCAGUUAGCCCUUUUUUUUCUCUUUGAGGCUUUGCUUGUAGCUAUUUUCACAAUGAUCUUCUUCCAAGAUUGUAUCUUCCUUGCCAUCAUUGUAGCUUUUUACAGUCAAGGGUUGUUGUUGUUGUUUGCUCAUUUUUUCAGUCCAUUUCUUGACUGAACUUUAGGUCAAAGUUUGGCUCUGCUUACCUGGGGGUGAGGAGGCACUGUCCCAAGCUUCACAGUUUUUCAUGUUGUUGUUUCCAGAGCUAGUUCUGUGAAUCUGCAAUUUUGGUGCUUCCAGGGUGGUAUGAUCAGGAGAGAGAUGUGGUCACUGCUCUCCUUGUCUGUAUUCUGGUCCUUACUCAAGAAGGGUCCAUGUUCCCUUGCAACCACAAGCACUAGUAUCUGCCUGGGAACUGCCACCAAGGCCCCUGCUCACCUGUGACUGACCGCAAGUGCUCCUUGGUUGGAGUCAUGGAGGAUAGAGUAGGAUGUGAUAUCAGGGGAACAUGAGAUGGAGAGAAGAGGAAAGGCAUGAAGAAUGAUCUCUUUUCUGUCUAUAAAAUAGAUCAUAUACUCAAUCCAAUGGAUAGGACAAGAAGAAACCUGAGGAACUUGAGAAACAAAGAAGGAGGUUUGGAAUAGCUGUUGUACUGAGCAGAAUAGAGAAUCUAGGAGAUAAGAUAACCUAAAUACAUAGUUUACUCAGGCAGCAUGGUCAUGUGACAUCUUCUAACUGUUUGGCAGCAAAGGAGGCUGAGGGACACCAUGAUCCAGGAUUGCGGUUUGGGGGUGGGAUGAUGUCAAUAAGAAGCAUGUUGCUGAAGUGAUCUCAUUCAUGGAGGGAAGGAAGGGGAGAGUUUGUGUAGGUAGAUCAAGGCUUGGAAAGUCCUAAAAAGCAGAGGGAAUGGAAAUCAGGAUUAAGCAUGAUGAAUAGGCCUACGAAUGGCGAGGAAGAGGAAGAAAUGGAAGCACAAAAGCUUAAACUUGACAUCAGAGGCCUUUGACAAACUCUCCAGCUUCUCAUUUCAACCUUAUUUUAUAAUAGUCUCUUCCCACAUGCUUUAUUGCAAAAGUAGAAACCCAGCAACCAAGAUAAUUUUUAGGGCACAAUUUAUGUCUCUAAAUGUUUAUACUAGUAAAAGAAGGAGCAGAUCAAAGAAUUGGCCAUACAGUAAAAAAGAAAGAAAGAAAGAAAGAAACCCUAGAAAUACAGCAAAUUAAAAACCUCUAAUUAAAUACCAAAAUAGAAAUCCUGAAAGUCAAAGGCAAGAUUAUUAACAAAAUUGAAAGUUUUAAAAAAAUCAUUGAACUAAUAACAAGUAAAACCAGGAGCUGGUUCUUUGAGGAGUGUGACAAGGAAAUCACUUUAAAAGACUGAUAUAUAUUAAUUUAAGGUCACCAAGGAAUUCAGCUAUGUAAUUCCUAAAUGAAAACUCAAGUCAGCCGGCAACCUGUUAUAGAGUUUAAUUACAAACAGGAGGAAGAAGGGAAUUAGAGAUAUAGAGAGAGAGGGAGAGAGAGAGAGAAAGAAAGGGAAGAGAAGGGAAUAGGGCUUAAAUACCCCUUCUGUCUAGGCUGGGCCAAAAGGCCCAAGCCCUUAGAUAGCUGAGGCAAAGAAAAGAGAUCAGUCCCUAUCACUCACGUGACCAAAAUGGAGAAACAGUCUCAGGGGCCUCCACCUCCAGCUUCCUUCAGAGCAAACUCCUCCAAGCACCACCUCUCAGGAGAAAAUCAGUGAAACAAACAAAUUGACUAAUCUGACUUGGAAAAAAGAAGGCAAACCACGUUAUUAGUCUCAAAAAUGAAAAUGUUGAAUUAACAAGCAAUAAAGAGAAAAUAAAAACAAUUAUUAGGAGCUGUUUUUCUCAGUUAUAUGACAAUAAACUGACACUCUAAAUGAGAUGGAUAAAAUGUUUAAUUCUCCAGGUUAGAAAAUUUAAGUAACUAUCACCAGAGGGAAAAGUUGUGACUAGAUGAACUUAUAAGCGAAUUCUACCAAAUAAUUAAAAAACAAUUAAUUUUAGUUUCACCUCAACUCCUUAAGAAACAGGUAAAAAAUGGAGUCCUACCAAAUAAAAUGAUACGAAAAGCAGAACUCAGCACCCAGUGGAUUAUGAAUGAGAGACAUUGGUCCUUGCCAACUUGAACAGAAAACAGCUGAGAGUUAGUUUUUCUGAAGGCACCUUCACAUCUUUAUAAAAGUCUUUAACCUUUUGUCCUGCAGAGGUAUAUGCCACCCUUUGCUCUUUGUUGAAAGAGAGAGGAAAGGGUUGGCCCAAGAUCCCACAGAGGUUCACUGGGUUCAAAAGUCAGGCCUCUGAACUCUGAGGAAUAGUCUAUAUGGUUAUAUAUGACCAGGGGAUAGAAUCAUUGUCCAUUCCCUUACCCACAGCUAGGCCCCAAGGCUUCUCCUGUUCCAAGAAGGCAUUGGUGAUAGAGGAUCCUUAUUCUAAAUUGCUGUUAAUAAACUAUAUCAAGCAGAGGUUAAUAAACGAUAAGCUCUUAAUUAAAUCCCAGCAUUUGUUCUCUUCCUCUGUCUCAGGAUCUUCUGGAGCGCAUUAUGGGAGUGAGGAUGUUCAUAGCUGUUCAUGACAGGGGUCCUAGAUGGCCCUCCAGACCUCCCUGGGCUGCAAAUGCUCCUGUCGGAGCCAAGAGCUGAUGUUUCAUCUGGGAGAGACCCAAUGGAGAAUCCCCCUGGCCCAGAUUCUGAUGAUUCGGAACCUAGGAUAAAGAGCACAGAGACUUCAAAAGAGACCAUUCCAGGAGAAGAACCAACCCACAGAGAGAAAAUUGAAAGUGGUGCUGAUCAUUGCUACUCUCCUUGUGGAGACUGUGGGGAAAGUGAGAGCCAGGUAAAGAGACAAGAGAUGAAGCAGGAAAAAGAUGUGAGAAAAAUGAUCAAACAUCAGAAGAUUCAAAAUGGCGACAAAAUCAAUAAGCAUAAGGAACAUGGCAAAGCUUUCACUGAAUAUUCAAACUUUCCUAAACAUCAAAAAACUCACGCCAUUGAGAAGGCUUAUACAUGUAAUGAAUGUGGGAAGGUUUUCAAUAAAAACUCUACCCUUGUUAAUCAUCAGAGAAUUCAUACUGGAGAGAAGCCUUAUAAAUGUAAUGAAUGUGGGAAAGCCUUCACUCAAAACUCUAUCCUUAUCAAACAUCAGAGAAUUCAUACUGGAGAGAAACCUUACAAAUGUGAUGAGUGUGGGAAAGCUUUCAUUGAGAGUUCUGCCCUUAUUGUGCAUCAGAUGACUCAUACUGGAGAGAAACCUUAUACAUGUAAUGAGUGCGGGAAAGCCUUCAGUCAAAUGUCAAACUUUAAAGUACAUCAGAAGAUUCAUGAUGGAGAGAAGCCUUACAAGUGUAAUAAAUGUGGGAAAGGCUUUGGUCAGCGCUCAACCCUUUUUAAACACCAGAGAGUUCAUACUGGAGAGAAACCUUAUAAAUGUAAUGAGUGUGGGAAAGCCUUUAGUCGGAGGUCGAACCUUAAGGUACAUCAGAAGACUCAUACUGGAGAGAAACCUUAUAAAUGUAAUCAGUGUGGGAAAGCCUUUACUCUAAGGUCAUCCCUUUUCAGUCACCAGAGAAUUCAUACUGGAGAGAAGCCUUAUAAAUGUGAUGUGUGUGGGAAAGCCUUCUUUAGAAGAUCAAAUCUUAAUUUACAUCAGAAGAGUCAUACUGGAGACAAACCUUAUGUAUGUACCAAAUGUGGUAAAGCCUUUGCUCAGAAGUCAACCCUUUUCAAACAUCACAAAAUUCAUACUGAAGAGAAACCUUUUAAAUGUGAUACAUGUGGGAAAACAUUCUUUGAGAGUUCAAGCCUUAUUAGCCAUAAGAUGGUUCAUACUGGAGAGAAGCCAUAUGCAUGUAGUGAAUGUGGGAGAGCCUUCAGUAAAAAGUCAGUCCUUGUUAAUCAUCGUAGAAUUCAUACUGGAGAGAGGCCAUAUAAAUGUAAAGAGUGUGGGAAAGCUUUCAGUCAGAGCUCAAAUCUUAGUGUACAUCGAAAGAUUCAUACCGGAGAGAAGCCUCAUAAAUGUAAUCAAUGUGGGAAAGUCUUCACACAAAGGUCAACACUUUUCAAUCAUCAGAAAAUUCACAAUGAAGAGAAACCUUAUAAAUGUAAUGAGUGUGGUAAAGCCUUUGUUCAGAGAACAAAUCUUAAGGUACAUCAGAAGAUUCAUACUGGAGAGAAGCCUUAUCAAUGUAAUCAGUGUGGAAAAGCCUUCACUCAAAGUUCAUCUUUUUUCAAUCACCAGAGAAUUCAUACUGGAGAAAAGCCUUAUAAGUGUAAUCAAUGUGGGAAGGCUUUCCUUAGAAGGUCAAACCUUAAUGUACAUCAGGAGAGUCAUACUGGAAAGAAACCUUAUAAAUGUACUAAAUGUCAUAAAGCCUACACUCAAAUGUCAACCCUUUUCAGACACCAGAGAAGUCAUACUGGAGAGAAGCCCUAUACUUGCAAUGAUUGUGGAAAAGCUUUCUUUGAUAGCUCAACCCUUAUUGUACAUCAGAUGACUCAUACUGGAGAGAAGCCAUAUUCAUGUAAUGAAUGUGGGAAAGAUUUCACUACAAAUUCAGUUCUUGUUAGUCACCAAAGAAUUCAUACUGGAGAGAAACCUUAUAAAUGUAAUCAAUGUGGGAAAGCCUUUAGUCGGAGUUCAAAUCUUAAUGUCCACCGAAAGAUUCAUACUGGAGAAAAGCCUUAUACGUGUAAUGAAUGUGGAAAAGCUUUUGUCCAAAGAUCAAAUCUUAAUGUACACCAGAAGAUUCAUAUUGGAGAGAAGCAUUAUACAUGUAAUCAAUGUGGAAAAAACUUCAAUGAACACUCAGCUUUUUUAAAUCACCAGAAAAUUCAUGAUAAAAAGAAGCCUUCUAAACGUAAGCAAUCAGGGAAAGCCUUUGUUAAGAAGUCAAAUCAUAAUAUACAUAAGAAGACUCGUACUGAAGACAAACCUUAUAUAUGCAGUCAAUGUGGAAAAGCCUUCAGUGAACAUGCGAAGCUUUUCAAACAUCAGAGAAUUCAUACUGAAGAGAAUCCUUAUAAAUGUAAUGAUUGUGGGAAAACCUUCAUUCAAAGCUCUGACCUUGUUAAGCAUCAUAAAAUGCACAUUGAAGAGAAGAAGCCUUUUACAUGUAAUGAGUGUGGGGAAGCCUUCAGUGAAGAAUCAUCCCUUGUUAAACAUCAGAAUGUUCAUACAGAGGGGUUAAAGAAAUAGCAAUCAUAAGGAAGUCUUCAGCAACAACUCAAAUCUUGUUUGCCAGACAAAUCCUACUGAAAGGAGUCCUGUGAUAUGGGACCUGUGUGGUCUGCCUUCAUUCGAACAAUCAUCUUGUCCAGAAGUUCUAUAAUGUCAGAUCCUGAAAUCUGACUUCUAGAACAACAGGUCUCUGAUCCCAUUUGUAAGACUCCCAUUUGCUAUGCGAUUUCUGUAUGAACUUUGCCUUUACCUCUAAUUUGGGAGGUUUACUUUUUUUUUCCCUUUCCCUUUUUGCAUUAGGCAGUUAUGAAACCCAACUUAUGUUUGUGUAUUUAAAGGGACUUCAGGUGGAUCCAGCACAGCCCUACCCAAAGCCCCAAAUCAAUUAUGAAUACAGAACUGUCAAGUUGUCCAUCACUUUUUCCAUUUCUAAUUAUAUGUCAUAGAAAGGCAUUGGAGGAUGGCAGGAAGUUCAGGACUUGAAGACAGAAGUCUGGCUCUGCCAGUUGCUGGCUGUGUUGACCAAGUUAAUUCCCCUCGAGCAUACUCAUCUACAACAUGUAGAGAUGGGAUUGGCUCGGGUUAUUUCUGAGAUCCCUUCUGGUUCUAAGCAUUAUGAAACCUCAGAAACCAUCAGUCCCUGCCUCCUUACCUUUCUCAUAUUUGUGAAGGGACUGAGACCCUUAGAGAGGUGAGGGCUUGUAUAGGAUCACCCAGUAAGUCAGGAGAAGAGACUGAACUAGACUCUGUCCUUUUGCUCCUGUUUUCAAGUCCAGGAUUCACCUUCUCAACUCUCAAAAUAUCCAGUCCUAAUAAGAUCUUAAUAGGUCUCUGUGAUGACCUGUUUCUUCUGCUUUCUAACUCUAACCCUAACCUAAGCCCUAACCUAGAGGGCAGAAUGCACUAAGAGAUACUAGAACUCUCAACUUCAUUCUUUUGUCUAUUCUGGACCCAACCUUCCUCCAUCCAGAGUUCCAGGCCCAUUUCAUCUUUCCCUCCUGUUCUCCAGAAGUGAUAUCUGAGGGUGCUUCAGAAUGGUUAUCUAAUCUCUGGGAAAGAAGGAGAAAGGGAUAUUGUGGAGCCAAUCAGUCUUCCUGGAGAGAUAAUGGGAGAGAGAGGGAUUACCUUCUACAGGAGGACUUUCUUCAUUCUAGCUUUUCUCCUCUAUUGAUUGCCUACAGUUUUCCUGUCUGUCAAAGUUGUUCAUAAUCAUGUGUAAUUGUUUCCAUCAUGAUAAUGCAUUUUCAUCUUGUAUUAUGCUACCCCCCAUGGAACAUUUGGCUAACCAAAGCCUGUUUCUUGUUAAUAUUAACCCUGCCUUCCUAAAAUCUGAUUCAUCAAAUUAUAGCAAGGAGCCAAAAAAGGAGUUGGAGCUUCCUUUAACUAAAAGGAUUCUUUUAACCCUUGGUCCUUUGAUUAUCUUUGUAAAUUCCUUCCUCUCAGUUAGAAAAUUGUGACUUCUUUUAAAAUGUAGUCUUGUAGUUUUAUAAAUGUAGUAUUUUGCAAACUUGGUGUUGAAAUAUGUAAUUAUGUUUACUAGUUUAUCCUAACUUCAUUUGUUCAACUGUAAAUGAAGGAAGCAUAAGAAAUUAAUUGCUUUGACUGGGCCUGAGUGACCUUUAUGAAUGACCCAAGAGGCCAUAAAGUAGUAGGUUAAAAAAAAGAUUUUUCUCUGACAGUAAUUUUCUCUAUCAAGAUUUUGCCAAAAAUUCCAGCCUUGGUUUAGUUAUUUUUCUAUUACCUGAACCUGUGCUGAAGCAUAAUAAAACCUAGGUUUUUAUCUCUAAAAUAUCUGUAUUGUGGUAGAUUUAUUUAGAAGCAGUAACCUAUCAUAUGAACUUGUAAAGACAGUCCAUGACCUCAAGGAAUUUAUAACACAGAAGGAAGUUUGAAACCUUUCAGCUCAGAGAUCUACAAAGGGGUACCUGGUGCCAAGACAAUGAUAUUCCCAGAUCAACUAGAACUGCCCAUGGGAGGUUCAGUGCCCAGUCCUCUUUACAGUUUACAUGUAAUUUAAAUAGAUUAUCUCAUUUAGUUCCCAAUUCAGAGCUAUAAGGGACCUUCAAUAUCAUUUAUCCCAACCUCCCUCAUUUUAUAGAUAAAGGAACCUUUAGGCCAGAUAGGCUCGGUCAUAAAGAUAAUGAGGAGAACUAGGAUUUGAACCCAUGCCCCUUGACAUGGAAAAAAAUGUUAUUCUCUUCCUUUGUAUCACAAAAUCUCUCUAGGGAAAUUGAUGCCUCGUAUGAAGAAGAGAUUUAUUUAGUUAGGGCCAGAGCUAAGCCCUGAACCCAGACCUUCUGACUCCAAAUAUGCUGCCCUUUGUCAUUGUCUCCUGAAUGACCAAGCAUGUGCUCAACAGCCUAUUUCUAGGAUAUUCAAAAUCACUGAAGAUGUCAGAGAUCCAGGGCAGAGAACACAGCUAGAUGGAUAAAGGGCGGCUUGGUGUGUCCUUUGGAAUGGAGUGAGAUGAAAGAAAUUGGGGAGCUAGAGUUGGAGGAUGAGAGAGGAUAUCUGUGUGUGGCAUUAGACAAGUGACAUCACCUUUGUACCUUUUUUUCCCUCAAAUUAAAAAAAAAACACACCCCAUAUCUUCCGUUUUAGAAUCAAUACUAUGUAUUGCUUCCAAGUCAGAAGAGCAGCAAGAGCUAGACAAUUGGGAUUAAGUGACUUGCCCAGGGUCACACAGCUAGGUAGUGUCUGAGGCCAGAUUUGAACCCAGGACCUCCCAUCUCUAUAUGUCAUUAACUAUGAAGCUGGGUGAGAGGUAGGUAGUUUGGAAAAGGCCAUCAAGGGAAACAGUUCUCAUGAUUAGAGAACAAAAGUCUUAGCAGCCAUUCUUAAAGGAGGAUAUCAGAGGACCUGUCCCUAUAUAAUAUAAAGUCCUUCCCCCUCCAGCUUUAGGGAAGAGUCAUUGCAUAGAAUACUCCAGGUUUCAAAAGCUUCAGGACAAGUCCAAAAUCAUGGGUUAAGUACUUGGUUGUGUCAGGGCUCAGAGCUUUGGAAAUUAUCUAAGUCAGGCCUUUGCUUCAACAAGCUUCCAGCCUUGCCACAGGUUGGACCUCAAUGGAGAUAAAUGGAAUUUUGUAAAGAAAACUGUUACAAGAAAUGAUAAGAAUAAUGGUUUUAAGAAAACCUGGAAAGUUUUAUGAACUGAUACAAAGUGAAGUGAGCAGAACCAGGAGGACAUCUACACAGUAACAAUAUUGUAAGCAUGAUGAACUGUAAAAGACUUGGCAAUUCUGAUCAAGACAGUGAACCAGGACAAUUCCAAAGGAACUAUGAUGAAAAAUGCCAGCCACCUCCAAGAAAGAACUAACUCCAAGUACAGAUUGAAGAGUACUUUUUUCACUUUAUUUUUAUUGGGGGUGGGGACACGGUUUGUGUGUGUGUGUUUUCUUUUGCAAUAUGACUAAUGGAAAUAUAUUUUGCAUGACUUCAUAUGUAUAAUUGAUAUAUUGCUUGACUUUUCAAAGAGUGAAUAGGAGGGAGAAAAUUUGGAACUCGAAAUAAAUGUUUAAAAAAUUUUUAGAAAUGUUAUAAGGAAAUAUUUAGUGAAAUAAAAACAUUAAAAAAGAAA